CAAUUUAUAAUUUUUCAUUUAUAAAAUAAAAUAAAAAUUGGAAUAUAUUGUGCGGAAUUCCUAUAUAUCAGAACUCAUUGAUCUGCUGCUUCUUCUGAAAGUUCUUAAGUGGUUCCACGAUGUUUCCAUUUUGUUCUGACUUCCGAGGCCAACGAGAUGAGUCCAAUAAACAAAGGGCACGGAAACAUUCUUUUUAAAUUAGGUUUGUUUUUUUAUUUUUGGUUUUUGGUUUUUCCCGGAAAUUGUAUGAAGUCUUCGUUACAGUUUCUCUCUCUCACCUUCUCUGUAUAAAGUCUUCUUGAGAUCGAAGGAUAACUUCAAUUCAAUUCUCUCCAAGGUACACACAGCUGAUUUUUGUGAUAAGAAGAUUGAUUGAGAUGGGUACUAGAGCUCAGCAGAUUCCUUUACUUGAAGGUGAGACUGAUAAUUACGAUGGUGUUACUGUAACCAUGGUGGAACCUAUGGAUUCUGAGGUUUUUACUGAAAGUCUUAGGGCUUCUCUUUCGCAUUGGAGAGAAGAGGGGAAGAAGGGAAUUUGGAUAAAGCUGCCUCUUGGAUUGGCUAAUCUUGUGGAGGCUGCAGUUAGUGAAGGAUUUAGAUAUCACCACGCGGAGCCUGAGUACUUGAUGCUUGUAUCUUGGAUCUCUGAAACUCCUGAUACAAUCCCAGCCAAUGCUUCUCAUGUUGUAGGUGCUGGUGCUUUGGUCAUCAACAAAAAUACUAAAGAGGUCCUCGUUGUCCAGGAGAGGAGUGGGUUUUUCAAAGAUAAAAAUGUGUGGAAGCUGCCUACUGGUGUUAUCAACGAGGGCGAGGAUAUAUGGACUGGAGUAGCUAGGGAAGUGGAAGAAGAAACUGGAAUUAUUGCAGAUUUUGUCGAAGUACUGGCUUUCAGGCAAAGCCACAAAGCCAUCUUAAAAAAGAAAACAGAUAUGUUUUUCCUGUGUGUCUUAAGUCCGCGCUCUUACGAUAUUACUGAACAAAAAUCUGAGAUCUUGCAAGCUAAGGUAAACCUUUCUAACUUUCAGUGUUGAUGAGCCAAGAAAAUGUUAAAAGUUACUGACAUAUAUUUCAAAUUUAACCGAAACUGGUAUAUUGUAUUACAGUGGAUGCCGAUCCAAGAGUAUGUAGACCAACCAUGGAACAAGAAGAACGAGAUGUUCAAGUUCAUGGCUAACAUUUGCCAAAAGAAGUGUGAGGAAGAAUACUUGGGAUUCGCCAUUGUGCCAACUACCACAUCAUCUGGUAAAGAGAGCUUUAUCUACUGCAAUGCGGAUCAUGCCAAGCGCCUUAAAGUAUCGCGUGACCAAGCCUCUGCUUCUCUCUGAAAACAUUCUCAUCUGAUUCUGUUUGAUCUCGGCAUGUGUGUGUCCAGUGUGUACAAAACAGGAAACUUUCUUCUAUAUUAUUCCGAUUCUACAAAAUUGCGUCUAAAUAUUUAAGUUUAUACCAUCUCUAUGAGCCACUGUAAAACUUGCCAUCGACUUCUAGUCUAUUUCCAGUGAUGGUUUGAUUCUCCCAACGCUUACGUGCUUUUUAAAGAUAUGAGGCUUAAGAGUGUUACCAUACACUUGGUUUAUUCUUCCAAAAUAUCUUCUCGUAACCGGUUUUAAGUUCUCAGCUGUAUCGUCUCUUGACCAUUUACUACACUGGUAAAUGGUGUGAAUCCAAGAAAGUGUUAAUGCCAUUAAAAAGGUUCACAUUACUUUGUAUAUGUACACCAAUUUUUGCGACUCGUUUGUACUGUGUGCCUAACGUGAAAAAGAUAAGGCAUAUAUGGGCUUUAGCCCCAAAAAAACUUUAUAGGCCCCAUAUUAAAAUUAUAGUGUAUUUAUUUUUCCAGAAAUA